CCGUUCAGACCAAACCUCGAGAGUCAGUGUGAGUCGUCAGGAAGGAUGGCUGAGGCCCGGAGGGUCCAGCUCACCACUCUGAGCUCUGACCUGCCUUCGUCCUCCUCUCAAACCUCGGCUCAGAAGUGUCCGUCGGUCGUUCUCCCCGGGAAAGAAACCCACUCAGACGAACCCACCGUCAGCGACACGGUCCGGUUGGUCCUCAGUUUAUUUGAGCCCGACGAGCAGAACUUCCCCGAGUUCAGCUACACUCAGCUCAUUGAGAACCAGAUCAGUCAAACCAAAGGCGACGUCCCACUGAGCAGAUUUCAGGAGAAAGAAAAGCAAGAGCACGAUGAAGUUGCUGCCAUCGCGAGAAAAUUGGAGGAAAAAUAUGGCGACAAACCUAAGAAGAAGAAGAAGCAGCAGCAGCAGAAGAAGAAGGACCGCAUUCAGGACCUGAUUGAUAUUGGAUACGGUUAUGAUGAAGAGGAUUCUUUCAUUGACAACUCUGAGGCUUAUGAUGAGUUUGUGCCCGCCUCCCUCACAACCACGUUUGGAGGCUUCUACGUGAAUUCAGGGGUCCUGCAGUUUCGUCAGGCUUCUGACACGGAGACGGACGACUUACCGACAGAGGAGAAAACUCUUGAUAUGACAAAAAAACGUAAGCUCAAUGAGGGACAAGACAAGCCAAAGAAGAAGAAGCAGCGUGGAGCAGGUGGAAUGUGCCUGAAGGAGGAUGCUAAGUUCAGCACUAUGUCUGAGAUCGAGCCUCAUGAUGAGUUGAAGAUGAAAAAGAAAAAGGCUGUCAAGAUGCUGAGUGUCACCAGCAUGCUGAAAAAGUUUCAAAGAGAAAAGGAAAAGGAACGCGAGAAGUUGGAGAAAGUACAUCAGAACGCUGCCGUGAUUAUGGGCGCGACCACAAUCCCUCUGUUCCCGGCAGACGCAGGAGGAGGUGGAAGCUCCGGACUGACCCUGACCGACCCCCUCCUCAGUUUAAUUGGUUCAACCAAUGACCACGCUCUUAUCCAGGCCGCCAGCACGGUGGAUUUUGAUAUCGAUUUGGAUUCUUUAUUAGAAGUCGGCGAAGAGACUUUGUCGCCAAAAUCAUUUCCUCAAACUGCAGAGACGCAGCUGAAUGUUUUCUCAGACGCUAAAGCCCAAAAUCCAAAUGCAAAGCGUUAUCCAGAGCAAAUCCAGUUCCCGUCAGAGGCCGGUUCUACGUCGUCACCCCUGCCAGAAGGACUACCUCCAGGACUGGAAGAGAGCAUUAGGAAACUGACAGUGGCUGCCAAGACUUCAGAGGGGGAAUCGAAACUCAAGUUCUUCAAUCCAGAUAUCAACUCAAUCCUGCUGGAUAUUGAGUUGCAGUGUCGGGAACAAGGUGGCCAGCUUCGCUCCAAGGUGUACACACACCUGUCGUCCUUCCUGCCCUGCAGCAGAGACACACUUCUCAAACGUGUGAAGAAGCUGUUCAACACACACGUGGGGGGACCCCCUGAUGUGGAAGAUCCCAUGCAGAAACUUAAGGCCGCCAUUGGAAGAUCUAUGCCUGAACAGAUUGCGUGUUUCCAUGAACACUGCCAAGCAUAUGAACAAGUCAGGAUCUCAAAAGCAUCACUGGAGGACAGCGUGGAAGAGAAAGGUGGCAAAAAAGGAGGUCCAAAGAAGUUGUUCAAAUGGAAUGAAGAGAUCAGAGAGUGCUUUAGCCAUGUGCUCAGGGCAAAAAUGGACAAAUAUAAAAAGGAAGGAAAGAGUGCCCAGGAGAUCGAGGAGAACCUCAAGAUUUUACUGGACAAUGAGGUCAAACCACUCUGGCCUAAAGGGUGGAUGCAGUCUAGGCUGCUGAUAAAGGAGAGUGGGAAGCUGUUGGGCCUAUUUACUGCUUUACCAGUAAAGAAGAUCAAGUCUGGGAAGAAGCCGUCCUCCAUCAGUAGUGGUUCCACUUUGCCAGAUGGCUGUGACAGCCUUCAGGGAACUCGGUCAUUAUCGGGGGAACUACAAGGAACGGAUCCAGUGUUCGCUGAAAGCUUAAAUGUCUCCACUUCUGAGUCCCUUGGUGCCCAGAAGCAGGGUGCAGUAAAGGGUGAAGUAAAAGUGGUGUUGGGUGCUGGUUUGACUACACCUGCAGAGUCAGAAGGACCUCCAGUCAACACCACAUCUGCUCCCACUCACUCAUUUUUGGAUCUCCUUGCCGAUCAAGCACUGGCUCACGAGCAGCCUCUCACAGUGUCCCAGGAGCUCCUGGCAGUAGCUGUAGCAAAAUACAAGCAUUCAGUUCAGCACUGGAGCUUAAGCGUGGACACCAGAAGUCCUCCUCUUCCUCCUGCUCCUCCCCAUUCCAGCCCAGUGGAUUUCCCACUGAACAGAGUGUGUCAGGUGACUGUGCCUCGGCUGCUGUUGGCAGGAGAGGGCAAACGGGAUGAUGCUGACGAGGUGCAUAUCAUCUCUGAUGAUUCUGACAUUUCUACACAAUGAUGAUGUCCAACGUAAACAUGAACACGGUGGGGACCUUGGAGGUGGACACACUGGAUUCUAAUGGAGCAGUAAAGAUGUCUGCAAAACCUAAUAACUGACUUCUUCAUUACGUGUGUUUAAAUCGGUAUUUUUGUGAUGGGGUAAAAGUAAAGAAAGCUAUUAUGUUUGGACACAUAAAAUAGUAAGUUUUCUCAAAGAGCAGACAAAUAAAUUGACAUAUGCCACCUAAUCAGAAAAUCACUUGAAAAGAAUUAUAUUUGAAUGGCUUUGUUUAAAAUGUAAAUGAUUUAUUUUCAAUAAAUAAAUACUGAUUAAAUA